GAUACCUGCUAACGCAAUGCUUGAAACUUCGUACCAUCAGCAGAGCUGACGACAAUACAGUAUGACUAGCAUCGCUGUCCUAUUUGAAUUUCGAUUUCACCAAAAAAUUACUCGGUAGUUUAGCACUGAUAAAAGUAUUACAACCUUAAUCACAUUGGGAAGUAGCUCACGUACUGGAAGCGCAUCUGUUACGGUCUUCAUGGCCGAACACUACGUUAAUCGCGACGCCGCUGCCGCCGCUCAUCUACAGUAUGGGAUCACAUUGGCACAUUCUUGCUUACAACAGUUCGCUGUCAAAUCCAUCGAAGAUAAGGGAUCAACCAUUACUGCCGACAAAGUAACGAAAUUCAAAACGAGCUUCCACGAUUUUAACCAAACUGUCCAUUUUAUUCUGAAUAACUGGAAAAAAGGAGGAUUUGAGCAGGGAUGCAAGAAGAUUUUGAAGUCUUAUUUAUUACGCUGCAAAAAUGUCCGCAAUGACGUGUCGCAUCAAGCCAACCAGUACACCGAUAAUCAUGACAGAAAGAUUGAGGAUCUGUGUCCCGUAGUCAAGGAGAUUGGCUUUCCCCGGGAGGCGGACAGUAUUCGAAACUUUAUGAGGCCGCAACCGUUGGUGAAAACAUCAUGGGAACAGCUGAAACAAUUAGCGAAUGAGCAUUUUAAAGAAGGUCGCUAUACAGAAGCCAUGAUCAGCUAUACAGAGGCACUGAAAGAAAAACCAGACGAACCGACGCUGUAUUCCAACCGUGCUUUGUGUGAGAUCAAUUUGGAACGGUAUGAGGAUGCGCGAAAUGAUGCAGAGGAUGCGCUGAACUUAGAUGGUAACACGGCUAAAUAUUAUCGCAUUUUAUCUGAAGCACUGAUGAAGCUCGGAAACCUGGAAGAGGCGUUGUCAGCCUGUGAGCGCGGACUGGAAAUUGAUCCGCGUGACGGCGCAAUUUUAGUUCGCCAACGAGACAUUCAAGCGAUGUUGGUAAUGAAAAUAACCAAUCAGCAUCCUAGAACGGAUGCCAAAGGGUUCAUGGAGAACACACACGGACUGGCCGAUGUUCCAUCUAAUUUGCUGCAAAGAUUCUUCGGCAUAGAUCCCGAUCCAAAAGACAUUCUAGUAUUGACCGAUGCUCAGUUUAACGAGCAUGCGAAAUUCGUGGCACUCCUGCGAGAAGGGCACAGUUAUGUUUACGGAGCCCGCGAACGGCCUAAAGAUUUGAAGAAAGCCUUUCGGACAUUCAAGGAGGUGGCUGACUUGGGAUGUGCAGAGGGCCAGUAUAAUUUGGGCGUGUUGUACGCUAAUGGACAGGGAACAAAUACCGAUUAUGCGCUGAUGUUUCGUUACUACCAGUUGGCUGCAAAUCAGAAGCCGUUUAAAAAAUGGAGAGGGCAAGUCAUGCCUGAAAUAGGCGUUGCAGAAGCAGAAAAUGCCCUGGGUAAUGCAUACCGCGAUGGUCGAGGCGUGGAUGUAGACCUGAAGAAAGCUUUUUCUCAUUAUCAGAAAGCAGCAAACUGGGGGCAGCCGGAAGCGGAAAACAAUAUGGGCUUCUGCUUUGUUAACGGACUGGGUGUCACUAGGAAUAUGGAGUCAGCCCGUAGCUGGUACGAACGCGCUGCAAAGGCGGGCAUUGCGGAAGCGGAAAUGAACUAUGCUGAACUGCUGGAACGCGGCUGGGGCGGGCCAGUAGACGAACAAGGGGCGUUUGAAUAUUUUCAAAAAGCUGCGCAACAAGGAAUGCAGGGCGCUAUUGAUGCGCUGCACCGUAUGUCGUUGCGCGGAUCAGCCAAUAAACAUCAAAGAAACGCUUUUGAAAAUACCUUGGAGAAAUCUACUGCAAAAAAAGACGUCAACGCGUUGUUCUUCAAGGGAAAUAAAGAAAAUGAACUGCGCAAUUACGACGAAGCGAUAAUUUACUACAAAGAAGCGGCUGAUUUGGGACACCUGGAGUCGAAAAUUGAAUUAUGGAAGCUGCUUUUGCACCAAAAACGGCAGAAUGCCGAUGCAUUUUUGCACUGUUCUGAAGCGAGUCAGACCGGGGACGCUAUCUCACAGCAAUCUUUAGCGAAGUUCUACGCAACCGGCACCGGAUGUACUCGUGACCCUGAAGCUGCCCAGAAAUGGUUCCGGCGCGCCCUUCAUCGCAUCCCUCAAGAGUCCUGCCAUCAUAUUUCCCAAGAAGAAUUCGAUGAAACCUUAAGAACAGCAGAGGUAGUUUGCAGUUAUGAGGAACAAUCGUCAUUAGUUACCGAAGGGCUGAAAUGGGAGGAGCGACUGCUUCGCUACCUGGACACUCAAGAUGCUUCCAAAAUUGACCGCAAAAUCAGUGAAAAGUUUCAAAAUGUCAACCGACUGAAUGAGCGCUCUGAUCAACUUCCCUUCGGUACGAAUAUUCCAAAGCAGCUUAGAAAAGACGAUAUGUUCGCCGUAAUGAUGGCCGCUGAGAACGGUUCGGUGACGGCACAAAAUAUCGUCAAAGCUCGGAUGAUGAAUGCCGAAGCUCUGCAGUCGUGGGCAUUGGGCAACCAUGACAGGGCAUUUGCGCUUUUACGAAAGUCACAGAAGUUUCACGAUAUUGUGGAAAUUCGCAAUCCCGAUAUGGUGGCAUAUAUCGAAAAGCAUUCGGUCAACACACCGGAUGCGAUGUUCGUUAAGGCUUGCCAUUUUGUCAACGACACCCAAGGCGCAAUUCAUUAUGUGCAACGCUGCAUCCGCUUGCAUCCCAAGGAAGCUGACUUUCAUAAUCUUCUGGCUAAUUUAUACCUUGCGGCCGAACGAUCCAGUGAAGCAUUAGCAAGUGCUCAACUAGCGUAUAAGCUCGAGGCGCGACCGAAUUGGUUGUAUACCAUUGCAACCGCUAUGCUGGAAUCGUUGCUGGAGCCUAGUCUGAGGCGCAACACUGUAACGGGCGACUUGUACGAAAAAACAUCACCAACGGUGCUUGAUGCGUAUUUCAAAUACCUGAGCGAAAACCCAAGCGAUGCGCGCUACGUUCCGUCUGCACUGUUUGGCGUGGCAUAUCUGUACCUGAUUAAAAGCAAAAACGAUCUGGAUAAAGUACGCCAAUAUUACGACAAAGCAUGUGCGGCGGACAAGCAACGUCUGCCAUGUUUCGAGGCUGUAAAAGACGGCUCAUCGCGCAAAUCAACGGUAAAAAUGUUUCUACAAAUGCGAGACCUCGCUGACUCAGUAAAACCGGGCGCUGAAACCAGCGUUCAGGAAAAAGCCGUCGAUAAAUGUACCAACUGCGGAAAAGACAAUCCUGCUUACAGGUGCACCAAAUGCCGCAAAGCCACGUACUGUAGUAAAGAAUGUCAAGUAAAACACUGGCGUCUGCACAAGCGAACGUGUGGCUCUUCGUAAGGAUCAACAGGAAUUUCCACUAGGCACCAAGAAACAUUAUAUUAGCCGAGGGCCGAGGCUAUGAACUCAUAUGAGCUUUCUGAGAUAGGAAAAAUAGAAGCAAUGAUAUUGUGCUGCGUACAAAUUUUAUCAGUUUUUAACCGUCCGACUGCAAUCAGCAUUAAGAUACUGUUCUUAAUUUUUAUUUUCGAACCGCGAUGGCUACUCAGUAAAAUCGAUAUUAAAAUUCAAUUAACGGUAUUCUCUUUUUAUGAAUUUAGUCUUAAUUCCGUGGUCAUUGCUUACAAUAACCAAAAUUUGUCGUGUGAUCAAGUUUGUCGUCAAUGUUUUACGCAAAACGUAAAAGCUACUUUUGCGGAUACCCUUUACGAACCGCGACCCCACA